UGUACUGAUGCCGCAAAACAACAAAUUUUUCGACACAAGUCAGUGAUUCAGAUUCAGAGGUAAUAACUGGAAUCUGACGGCUUUGGGACCCAGCGGAAGCCUUGUCGAGUUCAGUGGGUGGAAUCCGCCCUACAUUUACCCAGUUCUCGCUUGAAGUAACUGUCCUCCAAGAGGAGGUGGUCCACUCUUUAGGCAUCUUUCGUCGGAGUAGGAGCUGAGAGGCGCUGAGAAAAACAGUUUGUUUUUCAGGAUUACUCUGUCCCUGACCACUGGAACCAUGUGGCUGAUGAAGAUGCUGGCUCUCGGCCUGGUGAUUGCCGCAGUCUCGGCUGCAGAGCAGAAGCAGAGUGAGCAUACUGCCACGCUGGCGGAUGCCAGUGUCAAGCUGGGAUUGAACCUGUACCACACCAUGGCCAAAGACGAGGCCACCAGCAACAUCCUGCUCUCUCCUGUUGUGCUCGCCUCCCUCCUGGGAGCAGUGUCGCUCGGUGGCCCCGACCCAACAGCCUCCGAGGCAAAGGCUCUGCUUGACAUGGGCAAGGUGCCAGAUGACAAGUUCCAUCUCACCGUCUCCCAGCUCCUGGCAGAUGUCAGCAACUCUACUGCGCGCAACGGCACCUGGAAGAUCGGCAGCCAGCUCUAUGGCCCCACCUCGGUGAAAUUCGUCGAGGAUUUUGUGAAGAAAAGUAAGAAGCAUUACAACUUUGGGCACGCCAAGGUCAACUUCAGGGAUAAGAAGGGCGCCCUGAAGGCCAUCAACGAGUGGGCAGCGAAGACCACAGAGGGGAAGCUUCCCGAGGUCACCAAGGACCUGGAGAGUUCCGAUGGAGCUAUGAUCAUCAAUGCCAUGUUCUUCAAACCUCACUGGAAUGAGAAAUUCCACCACAAGAUGGUGGACCAACGGAGCUUCAUGGUCACCCGCUCGGAAACGGUUGCGAUCAGCAUGAUGCACCGCACCGGCUUGUACAACUUCUACAUGGAUGAAGCAAAUCAAGUGUUUGUGCUGGAGAUGGAGCUGUCGCAUUCACUUUCCAGUGUGAUCUUCAUCAUGCCCUUCCAACUGCAGUCCCUGGACAGAAUCGAGAAGCUGCUGACCAAGGAACAGAUCAACACUUGGAUCAGCAAGCUAAAGAAACGGGCAGUGGCCAUCUCCUUGCCAAAGGGUACCUAUGGGGUCAGCCAUCAGCUCCAGAAGUACCUGGGCAGCAUUGGUUUGACCACCGCGGUCGACAAGAACAAAGCAGACUUAUCCAAAAUCUCGGGCAAGAAGGAUUUGUACCUGUCCAGUGUUGUCCAUGGCACUGCUUGGGAAUGGGCCACUGAAGGCGACCCGUACGAUGCCUUCAUCUACAGCCGUGAGGAGCUGAAAAACCCAGAGGUUUUCUAUGCUGACCACCCCUUCAUCUUUCUGGUUAAGGACAAAAACACUGGUUCGUUCCUCUUCAUUGGGCGGCUAGUGAGACCAGAUGGCCGCAAAAUGCAUGACGAAUUGUAGCCUCUGGGCAGCUUUGGUGUAUGUGGGGCCAAAAUGCAACAUGCCUUUUUUUUAAAGAAAAAGAAAUGUUAGUUCUUCUGUGUAAGUGGUUUGACAUGCUGUCUUGGGAGUAAACAGUUGAUCUUUUUGAGAACAAUGCCCUGUUUAAACCCCCACCCUAGCCCUUGCCAGGUAAAGAAUCCCACUAUCCUUCUUCAACACCCCACUUUCCUCAAUGUUGAGUGGAUUUCAACCAAGAGCAACUGGUGCUCUGUCUUGGUACCACGAUUGACCAAGUUUCAAUCAUGAGCAAUGGAUUCUUCUGGCUCCACACAAUGGGCCAAUCCAUUGCACCUGUAGACAGAAUAUGUAGGGCUAACCACCAGUGUGUAAUCCUAACAAGUAGGGCUGAUUUGUGUAGCAUUGCACUGAAGCAUUUGGCUCAACCAAUGCUUCAUGGUGCUCUCCUCUUGGUCUUUUCAAUCCCACCCUCUCAACAUAACCAUGUCUUCCUUUCUCCCCUCUGCUCCACAAAAGCCUUUGUCCAUUUCAGUGAGAUUUACCUGCACAGGAGAGUCUGAACAAGGCCUACACUCAGUGGCCACAUUAUUAGGUACACCUUGUUAAUACAAAUAUCUAAUUGGCCAAUCUUGGGGCAUCAACACAUUGCAUAAAAGCAUGCCGAUAUGGUCAAGAGGUUCAUUUGUUGUUUAGCUCAAACAUCAGAAUAGGGAAGAAAUGUGAUCUAAGUGACUGAGUUUCACAGAAACUGCUGAACUCCUGGGAUUUUCAUGCGCAACAGUCUCUAAAGAGUUCCUGGAGAAUGGUGCGAAAAGCAAAAAAAAACAUCCGUUGAGUGGCAGUUCUGUGGGUAAAACAACUUUUUAAUGAGACAGGUCAGAGGAGAAUGACCAGACCGGUUCAAGCUGACAGUCACUCAAAAUAACCACACGUUACAACAGUGGGUGCAGAAGAACAUCCCUGAACUCACAUGUUGAACCUUGAAGUGGAUGGGCGACAGAGCUAGUAGACCGCACUGGGUUCCACUCCUGCAUCUAAUAAAGUGGCCACAGAGUGUACACUCACAGGACAAGGCUUGCUUCCCUCACUUUGUUUACUGAUUUUUGCAAACUUGGAAAAGUUUGAUUUGAAAUCUUUUUGAUAUCAAUCUUAUGGAAGGCACUCCAAUGAUUGGGUAGAGCUAGGGGCCUUGUGUUCUUUGUCACAUGCAGUGGACAUCACUGAGAUCUUGAACCAUUUUGACAUUUCAGGACAAAUGCCUGACAGUAAAGGUCAAAGUAAAUUUAAUAUCAAAGUGUGCAUGUCACCAAAUAGUACCUUGAAAUUCAUUUUCUUGUGGGCAUUUUACUCUAAAGAACUGUGUGAAUUAUGAGCAAUUGAUCAAUUGCUGUUGGGGUUGAAAUGAUGUGACAAAGUUUCACUGAAAUUCAGGGGUUCCCAAUGAGGGUCUGUGGUUAAUAGUAAAGUUCACUGGUAUAAAGAAGAUUGGGGACUGCUGCAUUAAAUUUUAAAAAAAAAAUUGGUAUCGCUUGUAAAUCAGACCAAUUAAUUUUUUUUUCCCCACUCCUGUUUCAUUGAACUGCUUCCUCUGCAUCUGACUUCCCUUUGGAUACCUCGGUUAUUCCCAAGUUGUGCCUUGUGCUCUGCCUUUGAGGUUCCAAAUUAAUUAUUUUACUGGAAAGUUGUAUAUCUGCCCAUGAUUUAUGGACCUCAAUAAGCCUGUUUUUUUUUUAAAUGUUGGAGGCACAAGAGGUUCUGCAGAUGCUGAAAAUUUGAAGGAGGAACUCUGGAAGUUAGGCAAUAUCCAUGAAGGGAAACAAGCAGUCAAUGGUUCAGGCUGAGGCUCUCCAUCAGGUCUGAUAUCAGACUGUUUGUUUCCUUCCGUAGAUGUUGCCUGACCUUCUGAGCUCCUUCAGUGUUUUACGUGUGUGCUAAGAAUACUGGAGCUGUUCUCCGGUAGGGCAGAGGAGAAAAGACCUACUGUUUGUAUUGGGGGACCUGUCUAAUAACGUCCCAGCGGCAAUCCCUGAAGAAGAUCAGUGACUAAGAUCGCUUUGCCGGAUUGUGGCCUGUGGUGGGACACAUUGGUUUCUAGUUGGCUUAAAGCAAUCAGGUACCAACAGUCUUCUCGGCUUUGGGUGGAUUUGAUGGUAGCACAUUUCUCAAGAUUAAAAACAAACUGCAAAUGUAGGAGGGUAGGGGUGGUGGAUAAAGAUUUGGAAGUGCUAGAAGCACUCACUGGGUCAGUUAAUGUUUCAAUGAAGGCCUGAAACUGAAAUGUAAGCUGUUUUUCCUCUUUAUCACAGGCUGCUUGGCCUGCUGUGUGUUUCCAGGGUCUGGUUGUUUCUUAAACCUUGAGGUCCAUUACAACCUUUUCACCCUGCUGGCCAAUCGACAGUUUGUUUCCAAGUUUUUUUUUGGGGGGGUGAGGAAAAUGAGGCUGCUUUUUGUAUAUCAGCUGUUUUUCUUAAUGUAACCCCUCUGUUUCUCAGACAAUCAAAACUGUUUGCAUUGGGAGCAGUGGAUGAUGGAGUGGAGUGUUGGGGUGGGAAAUUGUGACCUUUUGCGGAGUAUCCUAUUGAAUGACAACAGAUGUACUCAUGUUGCAAUACCUCAUGGCCCACACAGUGUCAUCUGUGGUGCUAGAUCGUUGCCAUAUCUGAAAACCACAUUUGGUUUUGUUUAACAAUUUAAAAAAAAAUGUGAACAUA